CUGCUACGUUCAGUGCUGGGAGACUUUCUGAGCCGUAGAGCACCGCUCAGGUCAAUAAACAAUCACAAACUUUCUCUGCUUGGUGCUGAAGCUUCUCUGACUAAAGGCAGCAUGGCAGCCAGGAGGUGUUCAGCUCUUCAGGUGGCGCUGAUCGUUCUGCUCGUCAUCAUGACAGCCGUCUGUGUGGCACUGAUUGUAGUGCUGACCACUGGCAAAAAAGACGCAGCCCCAGGGCCUCAGGGCACGCCUUACCUGAUUGGAGUAGGACGAUCUGACUGCACCGGACCGCCAGCUGAAAUCCCUCUGAUGGGCUAUGCAAACCCUCAACAAACUGCUGCAGGAAUACACACACGUCUGUACAGUCGAGCCUUCAUCAUCGACGACGGGAGUCGAAGAGUCGUGUUCGUCACCGCUGAUGUCGGGAUGGUUUCUCAGAGGCUGCGGCUGGAGGUUCUUCAGGCACUGAAGGAGAAGUACGGAGACUUGUACAGACAUGACAACGUAGUUCUGAGUGGGACACACACCCACUGCGGACCGGCAGGCUAUUUCCAGUACACACUUUUUAUGCUCACUAGUAAGGGGUACAUCAAGGCAGCUGUGGAGCCUCUGGUCAACGGCAUCGUUAAGAGCAUAGACAUAGCUCACAGUAACAUGAAGCCGGGCAGGAUUUACAGGAAUAGAGGGGAGCUGGACGACAGCAGCCUGAACAGAAGUCCUCACUCCUACAUGAACAACCCAAAGGAUGAAAGGAAAAGGUACAAGUCGAACACAGACAAAGACGUGUUGGUGCUGAAGUUCACAGAUCUGGAUGGCGACGGGAUUGGUAUGAUUAGCUGGUUUGCUGUGCAUGCUGUCAGCAUGAACUACACCAAUCGCAUGGUGAGCAGCGAUAACAUGGGCUAUGCUUCCUACCUGCUGGAGGAGGACAAGAACCCUGGAGAGCUGCCUGGACAGGGAAGUUUUGUCGCGGGUUUCUCCUCCAGUAACCUUGGCGACGUCACUCCAAACACCAGAGGACCUUAUUGUGUGAACACCGGGCUACCCUGUGACUAUCUCAACAGUUCCUGCCCAGUUGGCGGGACUAAAAUGUGUCAGGCAUUCGGGCCAGGAAAAGACAUGUUUGACAGCACAAGGAUCAUUGGACACAACAUCUACUUAAAGGCCAAGGAAUUGUAUGCGAAUGCAGUGGAAGAGGUCACAGGUCCAGUUCGGUUUGCUCAUCAGUGGGUCAACAUGACGGCCGUGACUGUCAAGAUCAACGACACGCACACGGUCAGCACAUGUAAACCAGCUCUGGGUCACAGUUUUGCAGCAGGAACGAUAGACGGGGGAGGAGACUUGAAUUUCACUCAAGGCGCUGUGGAAGGAGACCCCUUCUGGGACGGGAUCAGGGAUGCUCUGGUGGGGCCGCCGUCCAACCAGACAAAGGAAUGUCAUCAUCCCAAACCCAUCCUCUUCAGCACAGGCGAGAUCAACUGGCCUCUGCCGUGGCAUCCUCAGAUUGUGGAUGUUCAGAUCAUCACCGUCGGAUCCGUGGCCGUUGUCGCCGUCCCUGGAGAAAUGACCACCAUGUCAGGAAGGAGGCUGCGAGAAGCGGUCAAGAAAGAGCUGACGUCGGUGAGCACCUUCAGGAACUCAGAGGUGGUGAUUGCCGGACUUAGUAACGUCUACACUCACUACAUAACCACGUAUGAGGAGUACCAGGUGCAGCGAUACGAAGGAGCGUCCACCAUCUACGGUCCACACACACUCACCGCUUACCUGCACAAGUACCGUGAACUGGCCAAAGCCAUCGCCCAGGACAAAGUGUCAGAGCUGCCUGUUGGCCCUGAGCCUCCCUUCUUCACAAGCAACCUCUUUAACUUAAUGGCUCCAGCAGCGGUGGACAGGAAGCCUGUGAACAGCAGCUUCGGAGACGUUCUGGAGCAAGUCCUUCCCGUCUACAGGCAGGGUGACAUCGUCUCAGUCACAUUUGUAGCAGGAAAUCCUCGACAUUCAGGAGACAUUAGAGACCAGACGUUUGUCACAGUGGAGAUUUAUGAUAACAGAACAGAAAACUGGGAGGUUGUUUACAAUGAUGCGUCGUGGGAGACCAGGUUUCACUGGCUAAAGGGCUCGAAUCGACAGAACAACGCCACAGUCGAGUGGUUCAUCCCCUCCUCCGCUCCUGCUGGCUCCUACAGGAUCAGACACUUCGGACAUUACAAAGAGCUGAAAGGCCUGAGUCCCGUCAUCACGCCAUACGAAGGCUCGUCCGACGUCUUCUCGGUCGGGUCCAGCUACUAUCACUCACAUGACCAGCCGGUCCACAACCACAACUCUUGAUCGCAGAAGAACUUCCUCCAUCGGGAUCUCAGAAACGUUUGUUUGGAUUUAAGGAAUGAGACGCAACACAUUUAGAAAAAUAAUAUUUCUAAAUAACAAAUUAUGAAAUAUAAAUCCAUUGCUUUGUGUAUAUUGGUAAGAAUAUUUUGUUGUCCUUGAUUCUGUAGCAUUUCCAUUAAAACAAAUGUAAUUUUCUGU